CUGGAAGCUCUCGUAGAUUGUUGAUUCAACCCAACCUGGAAGCAUCGACACCGCAACACCAGCAACCCAGUCAUAUCUCUUCCCAUCGCCACUCGGGCUUGCUGCACCACGCAGGACCUCCUCGCUUCGUUGAGUAAAUAGGCCGGACGUCGAGCAGAGGGAGACGGAGCAGGGAAGACGUCGCCCGUGACCAUGGCGCUCAACCGCAAAUACGCUGCCCUCCCCGACUUGGAUUCUGCGCCAGACAUAUACGAGACCCCCGAGCUGACAGAUGACAACUCCACUGUGCCCACCUCCGCCAACCGCGCGCAGUCAGACGACGAGUUCUACGAUGUCGACGACGACGAAAGCCAAGCCAUCUCGCGAUCGAGGCUUCGCAUAAACGAGGCGCGUUCGCGGUUCCUGCCAGCCAAUGUCGACGCCAAUGGGGUGGACUUUUCGGACCGCGUCGAUGGGAAGCGCAAGUCAUACAAGGCCUCCAGCCGGCGUCAGCGAAUCCUGGAAGAUGGCACGGAGGAGCUCGGUGAUCUGUCAGACGAUGACGACGAGGAGAGCCUGGAGAGGAAGAUUGCGCGGUUAAAGCGCGAAGUCGCGGAAGCCAAGGAGGACUAUGCGAAGCGCAAGUCUGAUGCUGCGGCGAAGACGGGUGAGGCUGGGCCCAACGAUGAGAGGCUGGAUUCCCUCAGCCAACUCUUGGACGGCAUGUCGACGCCUCUUGGUGGGGGUUCUGCCAGCGGGCCCAUGAAGGUUCUCCAAGCGAAAGCACCCUCGGACGACUUGACCGCAACGGACGGUCCUACGUACACGGUCACCUACGCGCCGACUUACGAACAGAGCCACGCCCUGGCGAAGGCGGCCGACUUUGACCGUCGGCUUCUCAUGCUGGAGAAGGCGCUGGGCAUCAGUUCUUCGUCCGCGCCAGAGGCUGGCCAAGACGGCCUUCCGCGCGCUGUCCUACCAACUCUGGACUCGAUGGAGAAGCAGAUCUCGACGCUGUCGCAGGCAUCCACGGCCAACUUGGACGCGAUAAGCCGGCGCGUGCGGACCCUGGCGUCGGAGCAGGACAAGCUCAACGAGUCGCGGGAAAAGGCCAAGGCUCUGCGAGAGGAGCUCGGCAAGCAGGGAGCGGCAAGCCCUUCGGACGAGUCGGAGCAAGAGGCCAAGAUCAACGCGCUGUACGGCAUCCUGCCUACAAUCGAGAGCUUGACGCCCGUAUUGCCGCCGCUCCUCGACAGACUGCGCUCGCUACGGGCCAUACACGCUGACGCUGCGGCGGCGAGCCAGACGCUGGAGCGCGUCGAGUCGCAGCAGGCUGAGAUGACGGCCGAGCUGAGGCAGUGGAAGGAGGGCCUAGAAAAGAUGGAGAGCGCCAUGAAGGACGGCGACGCGACGGUCAAGGGCAACGUCAAGGUCAUGGAAGGCUGGGUCAAGGACCUGGAGGAGCGGAUGACCAAGUUGGCGUAGCUGCGCGGCCUAGACCGUGGAUGCGAGCACAAAGACAGAGAUACCCAAUGAACGAACUCAAGCCG